GGCGCGCUGCCACUGCCGGGUGCCGGGCGCAGGGGCCGGGGCUGCUGGCGGCGCAACCCUCUGCAGCUCCCCAUGCUGCGCCUCCUGGGCGAGAGCGGGCCCAGCACGGCCCUCCAGAGCUUCCUGGUCUUCCUGGGCAUCUUCCUGCUUGUUGCCGACUACAUGAGGAGGAGAAAGCCCCAAAACUUCCCCCCGAGCCCCUUUGCGCUCCCCUUCCUGGGGCACAUCCUCACCAGGGACUUCAGAAAUCCAACGAAGGUGAUACAGGAGCUUACUGAAAAAUACGGAAACAUCUUCAGCCUGCACGUGGGCCGAAUGUCGUAUGUCUUCGUCAGCGGCAUCCCGAUGGUUAAGGAGGUGUUGGUAAACCAAGGUGAAAACUUCCUAGAUCGCCCAGAAAUCAUCCAGUCGGAAGUCUUCAGCAGCCGCGGAUUGACCUCCUCUAACGGACAUACUUGGAAACAGCAGAGAAGAUUUGCCCUGUCGACGCUCAGGAACUUUGGCCUGGGGAAGAGGAGCCUGGAGGAGCGGAUACAGGAGGAAUGCCGGUACCUCACCGACGCCGUCGGGGAAGAGCAGGGGCAUCCUUUUGACCCUCACUUUAAGGUCAAUAAUGCCGUUUCCAACAUCAUCUGCUCGGUCACCUUUGGCGAUCGGUUUGAGUACCACAACGAGCAAUUCCAAAAGCUGCUGCAGCUGAUGGACAAGCUGGUGGUGCUCCACGGCCACCCCCUCAACCAGCUCUACAUUUUAUUCCCUGGUAUAAUGAAGUACUUCCCUGGACCUCACAAGAACAUUUCUAAAAUCUGUAAGAUGCUGAACAGUUUUGUGUGCGACAUAAUCGCUAAGCACAAGGAGGACUGGCACCCCUCCGAAAGCCGGGACUUCAUCGACAGCUACCUGCAGGAGAUGGCGAAGGACGACGGCAGCGGGUGCUUCUGCGAGGAGAAUCUUGCGGCUUGCACGCUGGACCUCUUCUUUGCCGGAACCGAGACGACGUCCACAACCAUCCGAUGGGCUUUGCUGUACAUGGCCCUGUACCCAGAAAUUCAAGCGCGCGUGCAAGCGGAGAUCGACGCAGUCGUGGGGCAGGCUCGGCAGGUGGCCCUGGGGGACCGCGACAGCAUGCCCUACACCAACGCCGUCAUCCACGAGGUGCAGAGGAAGAGCAACAUCCUCCCCUUCAGCGUCCCACGGAUGACCACACGGGACACGACGCUGGGGGGCUUCUUCUUGCCCAAGGGCACUGUUUUGAUGCUGAAUUUCACCUCCCUGCUCUUUGACAAGAAGGAGUGGGAAACCCCCGACGCUUUUAACCCUGAGCACUUCCUGAAGGACGGCCAGUUCUGGAGGAGAGAGGCUUUCAUACCCUUUUCCCUGGGGAAGCGCGCCUGCCUGGGCGAGCAGCUGGCCCGCGCCGAGCUCUUCCUCUUCUUCACGGCCCUGCUGCAGAAGUUCACCUUCCGGCCGCCGCCGGACGCCCCGCUCAGCCUCCGCGUCAAGCUGGGCAUCACGCAGCACCCGCUGCCCUACCGCGUCUGCGCCUUGCCGCGCUAGCGGAGCUCCUGCCGCCGCCGAGCAAACGCCUCCGCUUCGGUCCCCAGUGCCCGAAGAGCCACUCCGUCCUCCGCGGGGCCGCAGCGGGGAGCACGCGGCUCCGGCGGGAGCCCGCUGCUUCUGCUCCUUCCAAAGCGCUCGCAAACAAACUCCGUUUGCGCACUGACCUCGUGGUCCGUAUCUGUCUGCUA